UCGACUCUUCAGAAGCACGCUUAAGUUCUGAGAAUAUGGCUGGAAAGCUCAGAACAACGUUAUUUCUUCUUGCCCUUUUCGAUGCCGCAAUGUCCAACGAAGGGAGCCCAACUAAGCGAAAUGGAAGAAUGCCCGUGGACUUUAUUAUGUUCUUGAACACAACUGAAGACAUAUGGACCUACUAUUCAACAUUGAAGCUCCCAUUCAAAUGCAAGAAGGAUGUCAUAUCUAAUAUAUCUAAUACCGAUGUUCAACUGAACGAAUCCUUUCUAAGGAAACACGUUGUGGAGAAGUUUUCGCACCAUGGCCGACUCGGUCACAGUACAAACUCGGAGUCAGAUCCUCGAAACCUAAUGUUCAUUACUGAGUAUUACCUAAACUACAACCGCAAAGAUGUCAGAUACCAAACACUUGAUGAGAAAUGCGUUGUCAUUGAAGUGACAAGAUGGGACAGCACAGAUCUGGGUACAUAUGACCUUCUUGUAUGGAAUUCUGCCAUUAAGAAAGGCAUGCCACCGAAGUCGUGCAAAAAAAAGUUUUCGGAAUAUGCUAAAUCUAGACAUCAAAACAUUUAUACUAUCUAUCACGACUACUGCCCUUUCUACUACAAAAAAGGACAGUGAAUAAUAAAGUCUAUAUUUUGGCUGAUUCAUAUGAACUGUUAGAAAAUACGCUGUUCUUAAGCGUAUUGUUCAUCUAGUUUUCUUUAUUGCACUUACUUGUCGAAUAAACACUAUU